AUGCCAGAGGUGGUGCCCGAUGAUGCGGCGCACCCCGACGGGCACUCGCAGAGCGAGGGCACCGCCGCGCUGUUCGAGCUGCACCGCCGGCUCCUGAGCGAGCCCGAAGACGGCCCGCCGCUGAACGGCGAGGGCGGCGGCGCUGAGGGGCUCGACUGCGCGCCCAGGUCCGAGGUCAAGCACCGGAACCUGCUUCUCAAGGAGAUCCGGCUGGACGGCAACUCGCUGCGCUUCGCGCCGCCCGAGCUCCAGAGCGACAGGUUCGUGGUGCUGACGGCGGCGAGGCAAGACGCCCGGGCCAUCCGCUUCUCGGCCCCGGAGGCGCUGGAGCAGGUGCACACGACCAAGAUGGGCAUCGCGCAGCUGCAGCAGGAGCUCGCAGAUGCCAAGCGCGAGGCUGCUGCGCUCUACGGUCCUGGCAUCGACAGCCUUGAUGGCAUGGACACAGAGAACGAGAACUCCGGCGCCACGCAGGGCAUGGCAGCGUUGCAGAUGAACGCCCCCCCCGGCGCCCAGGCUGCCACUGGGGCGUUUUUUAUUCCGGACGAAUGGCUCCAGGACCUUGCGGACGAUGAGGUGCUCCGCCAUUUCUCGCUGAUUCAGGCCAGCACCAUGACGCAGCCAAUAGACAUACAGAGUCUCGCCAUCCAGAUCCCGAACCCUUGGGACGAUCUCCAGAAGAUUCUCACCAAGCUCGCCUUCAACUCCUCCGCCUCCAGCCCAUGGAAUAUACUCGGCUUUGGUCCCCUGGACGGCCCGGAGCCGACGGAGCAGUGCAUCGUCACCCGCGCGCGCACCACGACUAUUUUAUGUUCGCUAGCUUCGGAGUAUACUUGGCCGCAGGUGGAUAAAGACAGCGCGUCGGCGGCCGCCGUCUCUGAGGCCGGCCGCCGGUGCGAAGAACAGCUAUCCGAGAUCUCCGCGGUGAGCUCCUUGUGGGUUGACCUCCCCGCCGAGUUUUUGUCCACACUCAUGCGCAAGAUGGCUGGCCCGGAAGUUCGCUCCAACCCCGUGUCGUUGCUAUGCCGGCAGCCCUGGAGGAGUUUGGGGAGCACGCUGGAGGUGCGUCGCUUGCUGGUGGAAAUCCUUCUUCCCAGCAUCCUCUCCGAGGUCUCCGCUGAGCUGGUCAUUCGGUUUCUGCGGCGUCAGGUGCUGACCUCGCAGAUGUACGUGGGCCACAGGGGCCUCUACAUAUCCCCCGACGCCAAGAUCAUGGAGUGCCACAGUCCGCUCUCCUUGCGACGCGCCUGGCCUCUAUGCUCUCAAGCGCUCUACCUCUCCUCGGACAAGGUGCUCAUCUACACUUCGGCUUCCGCCGAGACGUGGAUUGAGAUGCUCGACAAGACGCUCCAGGUCCGCGUGAACGGGGAGUUCGGGGAUACCGACUGGACUGUGAUCAAGCAGUUGAUCACUCAAACGGCGUGCUCGGUCUCAGGCCUGGACCUCCAGCCUGCGGAUCCAGAGCAGGUUCGGAAGGCUUUCAACGCACUGAAUGGGCAGGUCCUUCAAGUGGGCGUCGACGAUCUGUCCAUCACUGUGACCAAUGACCUCCGCGACUCCGAGCAGCCUUCGGGUGAGUUCUCGGCGGUCACGUGGAAUUGUCAAGCUUUAUUUGCUGCGGAUGCCAGUCGUCAUCGCGCGAAGUCGCAUUGCGCCCGCAAGCUCAUGGCCGCCCACGACAUCGGUCUCUGGAUAGAGACGCACGGCACCGCUGGCGCGAACGCAGUUUGGCGCAAUCCACUGGACUGCACUUCCUGGUGGGCUCCUGGCCCCACCCCGGGCAGUGCUGGAGUGGGCGUGACCAUUAAGAGCAGCUUCCUGGCGAAGUUCCGAGGGUUCUACUGCAAUCAGAGCGCCGUGGAGGGCAUCGACCGGAAGCUGACGUGCUCGGCGCUGGCGUGCAUCGAGCCCGAGUCUUGCGAGGGCGCUGGUCUUCAGUAUUCCGUCGCCGGCGCGCCGAUGGACAGAUUCGUCGGGCACGGCUUGCGGAGGAGGCUCUUCGCGCGGCCCCUUAUCAGCGCCGCCGCGUUCCAGGAAUGGGCAGCUUUUAACGGGAGCUCGAUGGCGUUCCUCCCCGAGAAGCCAUCUGGCUCCACCCCGGACGGGUUGGGCACUUUCAUUGCGAACAACAUGCGGCCCCUGAGCAUCGCCAACGCCGACAACAGGAUCAUCUGCAGCGCGGUCCGCGUGCGCAUCGAGCCGGACGUGGCCCCUGGGGUCUCAGACUCCCAACGAGGGUUUCUCCACGGCCAGUCCUUGUUGGCAAACCUUAUGGACGUCGAGGAGGCGGUGCUUCACCAUUCUCUUGUCUACGAAGACGCAGCGGUGGUGUUCUUCGACUUCGAAGCCGCCGUCCCGAGCGUCAGCCAGGCAUUCCCGACGGCGGUGAUCUCCGCGCGAGGCUGCCCCUUGUUACCCUUGCCGUUUGCGGUGCUGCCCGACGUCCUCCUGCGGCGCCUCGCCCGUUGCAUUCCUGGCGCUGUUCUUCGCGCCUGCGCCGGCGACCACGCGGCCGCGCUCGCGCGCGGGGCAAUGGGCGCCCCCGUUUUGGAGCGUAUGGUCGAGCAGUGCGCGUUGCUCUCUGGGCUCCGGCCCCGCCGCGGCAAGUCGGCGUGGAUGCCGCUGUCGCUGGUCGCUCCGGACGUGGCCCGGGCCCAGCUCCAAGCUGCAGCCCCCGCUCGGGGCGACUUUGCGAUCCGACGCCGCGCCGCUUACCUCGGAUUCGCAGUGGGGCCAGAACGCGCUGAGCAUGCAUGGACAAUGCCCUUGGGCAAAUUCAUGGCGCGAGCCCGGGUAUGGAGAGGCAGCGGGCGUGGCUUGUUGCUGGCGCUCUUGGCAUGCCGCACUUGCGUAUUCCCUGUCCUCGCUUUCGUGCUCCAGUUGGACCGCCCCCCCUCGGACUGGGCAGUCUACGAGGAGAAACCGUGCGCGAUCCGCUUUCCGGGCCCGCGGGGCAUGGCCCCUCCCGCGGCCCUCCGGCGCUUGCGCGCACUCGGCUUCCAGAGCGCGCUCGUCGACGCCAGCGCGACGGCUGCGGCGGCGAAGUGCAGGGUCUGCCAGCGGGAGAACUUCGCGCGCGGCGGCCUCGAUGUUCGGCGCCGCGCCCGGGCAUUGCAGGAUGUUCGGGCGAGGUCCGACUACGCGACGCGGCAAGCAGUCUGGAAUGAUUGGCACGACAACAACUUCUUCGCCAACCUCGACCUGGCCCGCCGGCAACUCCAGCAGAAAGCGACGAGCGCAAGGAUGUCGAUUGCAGAGCUGAUGCAGGGGGGCGCCGCUGAGCCCAUCCCGCGGGAGCACUGGCAGAAACGGCCGGGCAACCAUAAGGGUUGCGAUUGGGUAAUGCUAGAUAUUUGA